UUUGCACGAGAAAAAAGAGACUAUAUAGACAAUAUCCAAGGUCGUAAAUUGGUAAUAUGUUGUGAUGGGUCUACAGGUCUUGCUUCACAUACAUUAGGGCUCAGUGAUGAAUGUGUCAUUCAUUCUAGUGGAAUAUUUGGAGCCGUGGCUGCAGUUGAAAGAAACAAUGAAACUUUAGUACCAAGACCGGAGAAGCGUAUUCAUAAUCUUUCUUUCGACUUAUCUGCAUACAUAUCAUCCGCAUUUGAAGAGAAUGGGAGUUCAAAAUUCACUUUGAAACUAUUUGGAAAUUCCAGAUGUAGAUAUAUGGCAUUAGCUGUAAAUAAAUGCGACUCGAAUAUUGUCAGGGCAUUGAAAACAGUAUUAGAUAAGUCAAUGAUGAGGAAUAUAUUUUUAAAAUGUUACAACAUAUAUAAACGGUCAGACGAUGCGAGUAUCAGUGACUCGUAUUGUCUUAACAACAUGAAGUUCAGUCCGAGAUUAUACGAGAUCAAGUUAUCACAAAGAAUGGAAAAUGUCGCUUAUAUAUCUGACUGUGAUCUCUUUAUAAUAACCGAGGGUGAAGCAUCAAGGUCAUAUAACUUUAAUACAGGAAUGGAUAUUAACCUUGGUAUGAAAGGGUUAUCUAGCCUGCAGCCGUUUAUAGAGAUGGUUACACUAGCCGAAACGGAAUAUUCCAUCAUGCAAUCUCUUGUUUUUAAAAUGGAACAUUCCGAAAGAAUCUGUAGGGAAUUUCUUAAAUUUGGUUUGAAGGAGUAUUUAUUCUUAUGACAUUUUGUUCCACAUUUACCUUUACCCUGCUAAACCGGAUUAUGAUAUUUUUGGCCACCAUUAUAUUUUUUAAUUUAUAACCACGCAAGUCUGCGCAUUCAUGCAUUCGGACAAGGUCCAAUACUGUUGGCAGACUAACUUUAUAAUGAUAUGGUGAUAUAUAUGUAAAUUGAAAAUGGUCAAUUACCAAAAUUAGAAAGUUAAUUCCAGUAAAAAAGAAGAAUAAGGGUUAAAAAUCUGUGAUUUGCUUUUUUUAUAUUAUAAUUCAUUCAUAUCAUUUCUCUAUCAUAUAUGAAACUUUUUGGUUUCAACCUAUAUUACUAUUUGUAAUUGUAUGGAACACGAUAAUCAUGCUAUAUCAUUUUAUACUUAUUUUUAGUUCCGGGAUUAACCCGCCUGUACCCGUAAAAAGUAUACUUGUAUACUUUUAAUCAUCACAAAAUUGCAUCUUUUAGCAAAUUUCAUAAAAUGCUUUGUAGCAAGUAAAUGUAAGUGGAAACAAAAGGUAUUCCUAACAAUAAGGGAUUUGGUUGCACUGUUAACUUACAAGCAUUUAAACAAUGUAUUUCCGCAGCUCACCUGUUUCGUAUGUUUAAGCCCAUUUUCUUUCGACCAUGCCUUUUAAGAGCUGCUCC